UUUUAGAAUCUUUCACGAGGAUUCUGCAGGAAAUUUGUGUGAAUUGGUUUGGCGUUGUGUCAUUCUAAUUCAGAAUUUCAUUGUUUAUGAAACCUGCAUAUCACUUGUGUGAUCGUAUCACAGCCUGACAAAUUGAUUAAUUCUAUAUAUGUGCAAUUCCCAAAUGCAAUGGUAAUAGUUCAACCAGCAGUAUGCAAUUAUAAUGUUCAUGUAUAAUCUUUAUAGUUCCUCACACAAAUGUUAACAGAUAAAUUCUGAUGAGAAUGUUCUUCAUUUUUAAUUUAUUUUGUAACAGUGGACUCAUUUUAACUAAUUACAGCCUCAUUUCAACCAGUAGUUUGAGUUAAAUAUUAUCAGAGGCUUACGGUUCUAAUUUGUGCAAUUUUUAAUGCACAACAAAAAGUGCAACAUUGGUAUGAAGUGUUUGCUAGUCUGAUGAAGUGAACGCUCUAACGAGAACAGGCUGAACUUAAUUCUGAUUACCCGAGUGACUUUGCAUACUGAUGGUCUGUUUUGUUUAGUUUGUGGCCCACUUCUAUACCCCAUGGUAAGUAUUUAUUAUAAAUGCUAUUAUUUAUUUUUGGUGUGAUUUAAAACAAAAGGCUGGGUAUCAUUGUUCUCUGGAGUUUUAUGGCUGUGUCUGCCAGUACAUUUAGCAGUAAAAUUGUAUUUUUUGUUUCAGGAACCUUUUUAAAAUAUUUGUAAAUCCCUUUUUUUAUUUUUUGUAUUUUGUAAUGUUAUUAUGUUUUGCAUUUUACUAUGCAAGUUUUUGUUGCAUGGACCUGUUGAAAGGUUUUCCUGUGGCAACUGGACUAAGGUAGCAAUUGACUUUCUAAAAGCUAUACAAUAAAUUAUAUUAAAAAGCAUGUAACACAGUUAUCACAGUAUGAAAAUGCAUGGUGUUUUAUAUGGCCUCAGUAGUGUCCUUGUAGUAUGUUUUGCUUACACUGUAAUCUCUUCAGGCUGUGUAAAAAAGCAAGCCUUUUGUUUAGGAGCAUAAAAUGGAAGCUGGUAAGCAUCUUUCAGGAAUGAUUUUCGCUUCCAGUCCAUUUUCAUUUCAAGUGCUAAAUACAGGACCUUAGUCAUGCUGGUGUUCAUUCUCACAUCGAUGGAAUGCCCGGUGUGUUAUUAACCGCCCCCUCUCUUUGCCAGAUUGUAGCUUUUUUAUGUUGUACAGCAUCCAAAAAGUAAUCUCUUCUGCAAAUUCACAUACAUUUCGUUCAUACAUUUUGGUACUAUUGAGCUAUCUGGUUGAGCUGUACAGUGUUGGGAAGCGAUACUCAAUUGAAAUUAGCACUGGACCACUUGGUAAAGACAUUAUUGAUUUAAGAAAUAGACUUAACAACCCCUUAACUACAUUAAAACAAUGAAGUAUUCAGUGUGUGUUUGCAUGUGUUUUGCAUUUUUUUUAGAUGUUUACUUAAUUCUGUUUAUACCUUAAAAUGUCUUUUAAUAACUGCAUUAGCUUUCGGGCAUCUCAAGAUCUUUGCAGGAUAUAUUUUGGCCAAUGCUCAUCGAUUUGAAUACCAACAUAGUAUUUUGACUAUUUAAUACCAGAGUUUUAAUUUGCAUAAAAUAGUACCAAUUUAUAAGGGGGGAGUAGCAUUUCAUAAGGGAAAGUGGUGUACCAUGAAUCUUUCAGUACAAAAAAAAGGUUUGUCACAUAUCAGUUAUGAACAGAUUGAAUAUCAGAACUAAUAAUAAGAGUGUGGUAAAAGCCAGGUGUUCUUACAAGAUAUUAUAUUUGUAAAUUGUCACCCAGCACCCCUUGAUGCUUAUUUACCGUAUGUUAAUCAUUGUAAGUGUUGGUUAACCACCUUCUUUAUGUUUAAAACAGUGUGGCAGGUGGGGAACUUUUUGAUUUUCUUGCUGAAAAGGAAUCCUUGACUGAGGAGGAAGCUACUGCAUUUCUCAAGCAAAUCCUUGACGGAGUGCAGUACCUGCAUUUAAAACGUAUUGCUCACUUUGAUCUGAAGUUGCAACGAUGGGUUCAGAAAACUCAAGUCAACAGUAAAUAUGUAUCUCUCCUGAAAACAUCAUGCUGCUAAACAGAAAUGCACCCCACCCUCGCAUUAAACUCAUUGACUUUGGAUUGGCUCACAAAAUUGAUUUUGGCAAUGAUUUUAAAAACAUCUUUGGAACGCCAGAAUUUGUAGCUCCAGAAAUAGUGAAUUAUGAGCCACUUGGACUAGAAGCAGAUAUGUGGAGUGUUGGUGUGAUAACAUAUAUUCUUUUGAGUGGAGCAUCGCCUUUCUUGGGUGACACCAAGCAAGAAACGUUAGCAAAUGUAUCUGCUGUUAAUUACGAAUUUGAAGAAGAAUUCUUUAGGAAAACUAGUGGACUGGCUAAAGAUUUUAUAAGAAGGCUUCUGGUAAAAGAUCCAAAAAAGAGAAUGACAAUUCAAGAUAGUUUGGAACAUCCGUGGAUCAAGCCCAAAGAUACACAGCAAGCACUCAGCAGAAAGGAAUCGGCUGUCAAUAUGGAAAAAUUCAAGAAAUUUGCAGCCCGAAGAAAAUGGAAGCAAUCGGUGCGCUUAAUCUCACUGUGCAAUCGGCUGUCAAGAUCUUUCCUGUCUAGAAGUAAUAUGAGUGUUGCAAGGAGUGAAGACACCCUGGAUGAGGAAGAUUCCUUUGUAAUGAAAGCAAUCAUUCAUGCCAUUAAUGAUGAUAAUGUCCCCGGAUUACAACAUUUACUUGGAUCACUGCCAAGUUAUGACAUUAACCAACCUAACAAGCACGGAACACCUCCAUUGCUUACAGCAGCUGGCUGCGGAAAUGUUCAGAUGAUUGAUUUGCUCAUAAGAAGAGGAGCACAAAUCCACGCGAAAGACAAGUCUGGAUCAAAUGCUGUUUAUUAUGCAUCCAGGCAUGGUCAUGUGGAAACCUUAAAAUUCCUGAAUGAAAUGAAGUGUCCUUUGGAUGUUCAAGAUAAGUCUGGAGAAACUGCUCUUCAUGUAGCUGCCCGAUAUGGAAACCUGGAUGUGGUUCAGUAUCUCUGCAGUAUUCAAGCCAAUCCUAACCUUCAAGACCGGGAACAAGAAACCCCUCUACACUGUGCUGCUUGGCACGGGUAUUACUUUGUUGCCAAAGCUCUCUGUGAAGCUGGGUGUGAUGUGAACUUUAAAAAUAAAGAAGGGGAGACCGCACUCCUUACAGCAUCAGCCAGAGGAUACCGGGAUAUUGUGGAAUGCCUGGUGGAACAUGGUGCUGACCUUGAUUCAACAGACAAGGAUGGACAUAUUGCCCUUCAUCUUGCUGUCAGAAGAUGUCAGAUAGAAGUGGUAAAGUGCCUGAUCAGUCAUGGCUGUUACAUAGAUGUACAGGAUCGACAUGGCAAUACACCCCUGCACAUUGCCUGCAAAGACGGCAACGUUCCCAUUGUCUUGUGUCUCUGUGAUGCAAAAUGUAAUCUGGAUAUCCCAAAUAAAUAUGGAAGAACCCCUCUACACUUGGCAGCUAACAACGGAGGCCUUGAAGUUGUCCGCUAUCUUUGUCUUGCUGGUGCCAGCGUAGAUGCUGUAACUUCAGAUGGAAAGACUGCAGAAGACCUUGCAAGAAAUGAACAUCAUGAGCAUGUAGCCAGCUUGCUUGGGAAGCUUAAAAAGGACGCACACAAAGGAAUUUACAUUCAGCAGCUCCGGCAUACUCAGAACCCACAACCAAGGAUAAAACUAAAACUAUUUGGGCACUCUGGCUCAGGAAAAACGACACUACUUGAGUCCCUGAAGUGUGGUCUUUUAAGGAGUUUCUUCAGGAGACGACGGCCCAGGCUGUCCUCUACCAAUUCCUCCAGAUUUCCACCGUCUCCCUCGUCAAAGCCCUCAGUUUCAGUGAGUAUUAUGAACCUCUAUCCCGGUUGUGAAAAUGUCAGUGUCCGGAGUCGCAGUAUGAUGUUUGAACCCAGCUUAACGAAAGGAGUCCUGGAGGUUUUCUCACCUUCGAACAAUUCCCACUCCACUUCUGACGAUCAGUCUACCAAAGCCAUUGAUGUACAGAAUGGCAACAUAAAUGGAGUAGGUGAUUUUAGUGUGUGGGAGUUUGCUGGCAAUCCUGUCUAUUACUGCUCUUAUGACUACUUUGCUGCAAAUGAUCCCACUGCAGUCCACGCUGUAGUUUUCAGCUUAGAGGAACCCUAUGAAACUCAGCUCAAUCAAGUGACUUUCUGGCUUAACUUCCUUAAGUCCUUGAUCCCACCAGAGGAACUCACAGCAUUUGGAGGGAAGAUCAAAAAUCCAUUGAGAGUUGUGCUUGUGGCCACACAUGCUGAUAUUGUGAAUUUGCCUCGUGCCUUCGGAGGGGAGUUUGGGUAUGAUAAGGACAUCUCGUUACUGAAGGAGGUCAGAAGCAGGUUCGGGAAUGAUCUGCUGAUAUCUGACAGACUAUUUGUUCUGGAUGCUGGAGCCUCGGGGUCUAAAGACAUUAAAUUACUCAGAAACCACCUACAGGAACUUAGAAAUCUUCUUAUUUCAGCUUGUCCCCCAAUGACAAUACUUUCUGAGAAAAUCAUUUCAACGCUCCCUUCCUGGAGGAAAAUGAAUGGUCCAAACCAGCUGAUGUCCUGGCAGCAGUUUGUUUUUGAUGUUCAAGAACAAAUUAAUCCUUUAAUCAGUGAAGAUGACCUACGGGAGAUAGCCUUCCAGUUGCACAGCAUGGGAGAGAUUAAUAUAAUGCAAAGUGAGACUGUCCAAGACGUGGUUCUCCUGGAUCCUCGGUGGCUUUGCACCAAUGUGCUCGGGAAAAUCCUCUCCAUUGAGAACCCAAAAGCCAUACACCAUUACAGAGGACGCUACAGAAUAGAGGAGGUCCAGAGCCUGGUGUCUGACAGCGAUGUGGAUGAACUGAUCCAGAUUUUGGAUGCUAUGGAUAUCUGUGCCAGGGAUUUAAGUAACCCAACAAUGAUUGAUAUUCCUGCUCUGAUCAAAACAAACGGCCUGAACAGAUCCUGGACAGGGGAUGAUGGUGAUGAAGAUGAAGUUUUGGUCUAUGGAGGAGUUCGUAUUGUCCCAGUGGAGCAUCUUACCCCUUUUCCAUGUGGCAUCUUUCAUAAACUGCAAGUGAAUCUAUGCCGGUGGAGCCACCAGAAGCCAGAUGGAGAUGAUAUUCGAUUAUGGACAAAUGGAAUAAAACUAUCACAUGGAGGGGCAGACGUCAUGAUCUUGCUGGUCAACCAUGGACAAGGUAUUGAGGUCCAGGUGAGAGGACUGGACACAGAAAAGAUUAAGUGUUACAUGCUUUUGGAUUUAAUAUGCGGCAUUAUUGAUAACCUGAUAGCAACAACUUUGCCAGGACUUCUUACUGUGAAAUAUUACCUCAGCCCCCAGCAGCUAAGGGAACGUCAUCAGCCAAUAAUGAUCUAUCAACCUAGAGACUUUUUCAGGGCUCAGACACAAAAGGAAGCAUCCCUUGCAAACACAAUGGGGGGUUACAAAGAGAGUUUUAACAGCAUUCUGACUUUUGGGUGCACGGAUGUUUACUAUCAAGGAAAUCUUGGCAUGGAUAUGCACAUAUCAGAGAUGUGUCUUUUGACUAGGAGAAAACUUAGUCGCCUUUUGGACCCACCAGAUGCAAUGGGCAAAGAUUGGUGCCUCUUGGCCAUGAACUUGGGUCUUACUGAUCUUGUUGCUAAAUAUAGCAUGAACAAUGGAACACUGAAAGAGGGUGCAUUCCAUCCCAGCCCAACGUCUGCUCUUAUACAGGAGUGGAGUGGCAAUCCUGGAAGCACCAUCGGGAUUCUCAUUACAAAGCUAAGAGAACUGGGUCGCAGAGAUGCAGCCGACUUCCUCAUGAAAUCAUCCGCUGUUUUCAAAGCUAAUGGCCAAGAAGCUUAUGCGUCAAGCUGCAAUGGAGGAACGUCCUAUAAUUCCAUUAGCUCAGUCGUAUCACGAUAAAAUGAAUGAAGUACGUUGAAAUGAAUGUGCAAUCUCAAUAGACUUCUAAGGUUAACCAGCUUUAGUUGUUGCGGACAGGAUUGGAACUCUAGAAUUCGCUUUUCUAAAUAAGGGAGCUGUCCUGAAUUAGUAUGCUUCUGUAUACUUUCACACCCCUUCCCCCUUUUUUAAAGUUUAUAAGUGUGUUUUAUUUUUAUUUUUUUUAUUUUUCAGGCUGUCUUAAAUGGUGAAGGAACACUUUUAUUAGCACUGUUUGCAUUCUUGAAUGCAAAUAUAUAACACUGCCAUUUUGGUACUGUCUUUCCAUUUGAUAGGCUUUCCUUAAUUAUUGUGUUUGGCAUAUGGUUAAACUUCCCUUAACAAUGGGAGUAUUACAAGCUUGCUUUUUACACUUUGUAUAAUUGCAUUUGCUAAAUACUGUGUGAUAUAAAGUUACAAUAAUAAAACGUGUAUGCCUGGCAGAACGUAUUACUACAGUAUAUUAUGUUUUAAAAAAUAAAUAAAUGUGAGUGCCUUCUUAUGUGAUGGUUAGUUGACCAUAUUUUUACAUAGAAGCUGUCUGCAUCCCCACUAUUCACACCGAGGGGGUUGGACUAAAACAUAACAACAUUCCUACCAUAGCACUAUCAAUAGAGUGUAGGGUUACCGUGGGCUCCAAGUACAGCACUGAUAUUACACAGCAGGGUUCAAAGUUGUUUAAAUUGUUCUAGAAGGCUACGUGACCAAUGAUUUACAUCUUGUUUCUUGUAACACAGAUGUUGUGAAGUAUUAGAUACGGAAGCACUUGGCAACCAAGUACCAUAUAUCUUUUUUCAUGCAGUAUGUCAAAGAACAGUAGGGAUAUUGGAGGAAUUCCAUGAACAAGUGAAUCAGCCUGGCCUUGCUGAAAAGUAGCAGUUGCUACUUUUGUUGAGUACCACCCUAUAUAGAAAUAUUUAAAUAAAUACAUGGAAGAAACACUCUAUCUACACCAAAAGGGUGUGCUACAAAUGGGGGUAUUUCUAAUUGCUUGUCCAGCUUAGAAAAGGGGUGCUUACUGAAUAGCUUUUGUGUUAUUAGACCCAGUCUUUUAUAUAUAUAUAUAUAUAUAUA